ACUCGGCGUUAAUCUCAGCUUUGAGGUCUAUGCAUAAGCCUCUUCCAUUGGGGAAGCGCCAGGAUUGUAUCCGGUCUGUCCAUCUUGCACUGCGCCCAUUGAAUGGUUUCACUUCUAUCUGAAGCCUACCAGGAGAAGGAAUGGCCGGGAACAUGGUGCGCGUCAUCGGCGUGGCAUACACGUUGAUCGCUGUGCUGGCUUCCCCGUAUAAAGCAUCUGCUAGCACUGAUGGCACAAGUACCAUUCAGCCAAGUACUGCAGCUGGGAAUGACGUAUCGUCAAAUGGUGCGGUGUCCAGUCCACUAUACAACUCCAGUCCGCAACCGUCGUCUAACUCCACCAAUGUCAUGAUGUCCAGCGAUCCUUAUAAUUCCAGUCCACCUCCAUCGGGUCCUACUGACAACACGGUGCUCAUGUCUGACUCCACCAAUGUCAUGAUGUCCAGCGAUCCUUAUAAUUCCAGUCCACCUCCAUCGGGUCCUACUGACAACACGGUGCUCAUGUCUGACUCCACCAAUGCCAUGAUGUCCAGCGAUCCUUAUAAUUCCAGUCCACCACCAUCAGGUCCUACUGACAACACAGUGCUCAUGUCUGACUCCACCAAUGUCAUGAUGUCCAGCGAUCCUUAUAAUUCCAGUCCACCUCCAUCGGGUCCCACUGACAACACGGUGCUCAUGUCUGACUCCACCAAUGUCAUGAUGUCCAGCGAUCCUUAUAAUUCCAGUCCACCUCCAUCGGGUCCUACUGACAACACGGUGCUCAUGUCUGACUCCACCAAUGUCAUGAUGUCCAGCGAUCCUUAUAAUUCCAGUCCACCUCCAUCGGGUCCUACUGACAACACGGUGCUCAUGUCUGACUCCACCAAUGUCAUGAUGUCCAGCGAUCCUUAUAAUUCCAGUCCACCUCCAUCGGGUCCCACUGACAACACGGUGCUCAUGUCUGACUCCACCAAUGUCAUGAUGUCCAGCGAUCCUUAUAAUUCCAGUCCACCUCCAUCGGGUCCCACUGACAACACGGUGCUCAUGUCUGACUCCACCAAUGUCAUGAUGUCCAGCGAUCCUUAUAAUUCCAGUCCACCACCAUCCGGUCCUACUGACAACACGGUGCUCAUGUCUGACUCCACCAAUGUCAUGAUGUCCAGCGAUCCUUAUAAUUCCAGUCCACCUCCAUCGGGUCCCACUGACAACACGGUGCUCAUGUCUGACUCCACCAAUGUCAUGAUGUCCAGCGAUCCUUAUAAUUCCAGUCCACCACCAUCCGGUCCUACUGACAACACGGUGCUCAUGACUGACUCAACCAAUGUCAUGAUGUCCAGCGAUCCUUAUAAUUCCAGUCCACCUCCAUCGGGUCCUACUGACAACACGGUGCUCAUGUCUGACUCCACCAAUGUCAUGAUGUCCAGCGAUCCUUAUAAUUCCAGUCCACCACCAUCCGGUCCUACUGACAACACGGUGCUCAUGACUGACUCAACCAAUGUCAUGAUGUCCAGCGAUCCUUAUAAUUCCAGUCCACCUCCAUCGGGUCCUACUGACAACACGGUGCUCAUGUCUGACUCCACCAAUGUCAUGAUGUCCAGCGAUCCUUAUAAUUCCAGUCCACCACCAUCCGGUCCUACUGACAACACGGUGCUCAUGUCUGACUCCACCAAUGUCAUGAUGUCCAGCGAUCCUUAUAAUUCCAGUCCACCUCCAUCGGGUCCUACUGACAACACAGUGCUCAUGUCUGACUCCACCGAUGUCAUGAUGUCCAGCGAUCCUUAUAAUUCCAGUCCACCACCAUCGGGUCCCACUGACAACACGGUGCUCAUGUCUGACUCCACCAAUGUCAUGAUGUCCAGCGAUCCUUAUAAUUCCAGUCCACUUCCAUCGGGUCCUACGGACAACACAGUGCUCAUGUCUGACUCCACCAAUGUCAUGAUGUCCAGCGAUCCUUAUAAUUCCAGUCCACCUCCAUCGGGUCCUACUGACAACACGGUGCUCAUGUCUGACUCCACCAAUGUCAUGAUGUCCAGCGAUCCUUAUAAUUCCAGUCCACUUCCAUUGGGUCCUACGGACAACACAGUGCUCAUGUCUGACUCCACCAAUGUCAUGAUGUCCAGCGAUCCUUAUAAUUCCAGUCCACCACCAUCAGGUCCCACUGACAACACAGUGCUCAUGUCUGACUCCACCAAUGUCAUGAUGUCCAGCGAUCCUUAUAAUUCCAGUCCACCACCAUCAGGUCCCACUGACAACACAGUGCUCAUGUCUGACUCCACCAAUGUCAUGAUGUCCAGCGAUCCUUAUAAUUCCAGUCCAUCACCAUCAGGUCCUACUGACAACACGGUGUUCAUGUCAGACUCCACCAAUGUCAUGAUGUCCAGCGAUCCUUAUUAUUCCAGUCAACCUCUAUCAUCUGGUACCGAUGUAAUGAUUCAAAACAUUGCCGAUUCCAACACUGCCAGUCUAAUUCCUUCAACGGGAUUAUCAGCUUCGCCGACUGCUUCCAGUGCCCCAAUGUCGAGCCAGUCUUCCAGUGUUACCCCAUCUACAUCAACAGGAUCAGCAGCUGCCUCGACUGCUUCCAGUGACUCAAUGUCGAGCCAGUCUUCAAGUGCUUCCCCAUCUGCAUCAGCGGGAUCAUCAGCUGGGCUGACUGCUUCCAGUGCCCCAAUGUCGAGCCAGUCUUCAAGUGCUACCCCAUCUGCAUCGGCGGGAUCAUCAGACGGGCCGACUGCUUCCAGUGCCCCAAUGUCGAGCCAGUCUUCCAGUGCUACCCCAUCUGCAUCGGUGGGUUCAUCAGCCGGGCCGACUGCGUCCAGUGCCCCAAUGUCGAGCCAGUCUUCCAGUGCUACCCCUUCUGCGUCAGCGGGAUCAUCAGCUGGGCUGACUGCUCCCAGUGCCCCAAUGUCGAGUCAGUCUUCCAGUGCUACCCCAUCUGAAUCAGCAGGAUCAUCAGCCGGGCCGACUGCUUCCAGUGCCCCAAUGUCGAGCCAGUCUUCCAGUGCUACACCAUCUGCAUCGGUGGGAUCAUCAGCUGGGCCGACUGCUUCCAGUGCCCCAAUGUCGAGUCAGUCUUCCAGUGCUACACCAUCUGCAUCGGCGGGAUCAUCAGCUGGGCCGACUGCUUCCAGUGCCCCAAUGUUGAGCCAGUCUUCCAGUGCUACACCAUCUGCAUCAGCGGGAUCAUCAGCUGGGCCGACUGCUUUCAGUGCCCAAAUGUCAAGCCAGUCUUCCAGUGCUACCCCAUCUGCAUCGGUGGGAUCAUCAGCUGGGCCGACUGCUUCCAGUGCCCCAAUGUCGAGUCAGUCUUCCAGUGCUACACCAUCUGCAUCGGCGGGAUUAUCAGCUUUGCCGACUGCUUCCAGUGCCCCAAUGUCGAGCCAGUCUUCCAGUGUUACCCCAUCUACAUCAACAGGAUCAGCAGCUGCCUCGACUGCUUCCAGUGACUCAAUGUCGAGCCAGUCUUCAAGUGCUACCCCAUCUGCAUCAGCGGGAUCAUCAGCUGGGCUGACUGCUUCCAGUGCCCCAAUGUCGAGCCAGUCUUCCAGUGCUACACCAUCUGCAUCGGCGGGUUCAUCAGACGGGCCGACUGCUUCCAGUGCCCUUAUGUCGAGUCAGUCUUCCAGUGCUACACCAUCUGCAUCGGUGGGAUCAUCAGCUGGGCCGACUGCUUCCAGUGCCCCAAUGUCGAGCCAAUUUUCCAGUGCUACACCAUCUGCAUCAGCGGGAUCAUCAGCUGGGCCGACUGCUUCCAGUGCCCCAAUGUCGAGCGAGUCUUCCAGUGCUACCCCAUCUGCAUCGGUGGGAUCAUCAGCUGGGCCGACUGCUUCCAGUGCCCCAAUGUCGAGUCAGUCUUCCAGCGCUACACCAUCUGCAUCAGCGGGAUCAUCAGCUGCUUCGUCUGCUUCUAGUGCCCCAAUGUCGAGCCAGUCUUCCAGCGCAACCCCAUCUGCAUCAGAGGGAUCAUCAGCUGGGCCGACUGCUUCCAGUGCCCCAAUGUCGAGCCAGUCUUCCAGUGCUACCCCAUCUGCAUCGGCGGGAUCAUCAGCCGGGCCGACUGCUUCCAGUGCCCCAAUGUCGAGCCAGUCUUCCAGCGCUACCCCAACUGCAUCAGUGGGAUCAUCAGCUGGGCCGACUGCUUCCGGUGCCCCAAUGUCGAGCCAAUCCUCCAGUGCUACACCGUCUGCAUCAGCGGGAUCAUCAGCCGGGCCAACUGCUUCCAGUGCCCCCAUGUCGAGCCAGUCUUCCAGCGCUACCCCAUCUGCAUCGGCGGGAUCAUCAGCCGGGCCGACUGCUUCCAGUGCCCCAAUGUCGAGCGGGUCUUCCAGUGCUACACCAUCUGCAUCGGUGGGAUCAUCAGCUGGGCCAACUGCUUCCAGUGCGCCAAUGUCGAGUCAGUCUUCCAGCGCAACCCCAUCUGCAUCAGAGGGAUCAUCAGCUGGGCCGACUGCUUCCAGUGCCCCAAUGUCGAGUCAGUCUGCCAGUGCUACCCCAUCUGCAUCGGCGGGAUCAUCAGCCGGGCCGACUGCUUCCAGUGCCCCAAUGUCGAGCCAGUCUUCCAGCGCUACCCCAACUGCAUCGGUGGGAUCAUCAGCUGGGCCGACUGCUUCCGGUGCCCCAAUGUCGAGCGAGUCUUCCAGUGCUUCCGGUGCCCCAAUGUCGAGUCAGUCUUCCAGUGCUACACCAUCUGCAUCGGUGGGAUCAUCAGCUGGGCCGACUGCUUCCAGUGCCCCAAUGUCGAGUCAGUCUUCCAAUGCUACACCAUCUGCAUCGGUGGGAUCAUCAGCUGGGCCGACUGCUUCCAGUGCCCCAAUGUCGAGCCAGUCUUCCAGUGCUACACCAUCUGCAUCAGAGGGAUCAUCAGCUGGGCCGACUGCUUCCAGUGCCCCAAUGUCGAGCCAGUCUGCCAGUGCUACCCCAUCUGCAUCAGCGGGAUCAUCAGCCGGGCCGACUGCUUCCAGUGCCCCAAUGUCGAGCCAGUCUGCCAGUGCUACCCCAUCUGCAUCAGAGGGAUCAUCAGCUGGGCCGACUGCUUCCAGUGCCCCAAUGUCGAGCCAGUCUUCUAGUGCUACACCAUCUGCAUCAGCGGGAUCAUCAGCUGCUUCGUCUGCCUCAAGUGCCCCAAUGUCGAGCCAGUCUGCCAGUGCUACCCCAUCUGCAUCAGCGGGAUCAUCAGCCGGGCCGACUGCUUCCAGUGCCCCAAUGUCGAGCCAGUCUUCCAGUGCUACCCCAUCUGCAUCAGAGGGAUCAUCAGCUGGGCCGACUGCUUCCAGUGCCCCAAUGUCGAGCCAGUCUGCCAGCGCUACCCCAUCUACAUCAGCGGGAUCAUCAGCCGGGCCGACUGCUUCCAGUGCCCCAAUGUCGAGCCAGUCUUCCAGCGCUACCCCAUCUGCAUCGUUGGGAUCAUCAGCUGGGCCGACUGCUUCCAGUGCCCCAAUGUCGAGCCAGUCUUCCAGUGCUACCCCAACUGCAUCGGUGGGAUCAUCAGCUGGGCCGACUGCUUCCAGUGCCCCAAUGUCGAGCCAGUCUUCCAGUGCUACACCAUCUGCAUCGGUGGGAUCAUCAGCUGGGCCGACUGCUUCCAGUGCCCCAAUGUCGAGUCAGUCUUCCAGUGCUACCCCAUCUGCAUCGGCGGGAUCAUCAGCUGGGCCGACUUCUUCCGCUUCCAGUGCCCCAAUGUCGAGCCAGUCUGCCAGUGCUACACCAUCUGCAUCGGCGGGAUCAUCAGCUGGGCCGACUGCUUCCAGUGCCCCAAUGUCGAGCCAGUCUUCCAGUGCUACCCCAUCUGCAUCGGCGGGAUCAUCAGCAGGGCCGACUGCUUCCAGUGCCCCAAUGUCGAGCCAGUCUGCCAGUGCUACACCAUCUACAUCAGCGGGAUCAUCAGCCGGGCCGACUGCUUCCAGUGCCCCAAUGUCGAGCCAGUCUUCCAGCGCUACCCCAACUGCAUCGGUGGGAUCAUCAGCUGGGCCGACUGCUUCCAGUGCCCCAAUGUCGAGCCAGUCUGCCAGUGCUACCCCAUCUGCAUCGGCGGGAUCAUCUGCUGGGCCGACUGCUUCCAGUGCCCCAAUGUCGAGCCAGUCUUCCAGUGCUACACCAUCUACAUCAGCGGGAUCAUCAGCCGGGCCGACUGCUUCCAGUGCCCCAAUGACGAGCCAGUCUUCCAGCGCUACCCCAACUGCAUCGGUGGGAUCAUCAGCUGGGCCGACUGCUUCCAGUGCCCCAAUGUCGAGCCAGUCUUCCAGUGCUACCCCAUCUGCAUCGGUGGGAUCAUCAGCUGGGCCGACUGCGUCCAGUGCCCCAAUGUUGAGCCAGUCUUCUAGUGCUACACCAUCUGCAUCAGCGGGAUCAUCAGCUGCUUCGUCUGCUUCUAGUGCCCCAAUGUCGAGCCAGUCUUCCAGCGCAACCCCAUCUGCAUCAGAGGGAUCAUCAGCUGGGCCGACUGCUUCCAGUGCCCCAAUGUCGAGCCAAUCCUCCAGUGCUACACCGUCUUCAUCGGCGGGAUCAUCAGCCGGGCCAACUGCUUCCAGUGCCCCAAUGUCGAGCCAGUCUUCCAGUGCUACCCCAUCUGCAUCGGCGGGAUCAUCAGCUGGGCCGACUUCUUCCAGUGCCCCAAUGUCGAGCCAGUCUUCCAGUGCUACCCCAUCUGCAUCGGCGGGAUCAUCAGCUGGGCCGACUGCUUCAAGUGCCCCAAUGUCGAGCCAGACUUUCAGUGCUACCCCGUCUGCAUCGGCGGGAUCAUCAGCCGGGCCGACUGCUUCCAGUGCCCCAAUGUCGAGCCAGUCUUCCAGCGCUACCCCAUCUGCAUCGUUGGGAUCAUCAGCUGGGCCAACUGCUUCCAGUGCCCCAAUGUCGAGCCAGUCUUCCAGUGCUACCCCAACUGCAUCGGUGGGAUCAUCAGCUGGGCCGACUGCUUCCAGUGCCCCAAUGUCGAGCCAGUCUUCCAGUGCUACACCAUCUGCAUCGGCGGGAUCAUCAGCUGGGCCGACUGCUUCCAGUGCCCCAAUGUCGAGCCAGUCUUCCAGUGCUACACCAUCUACAUCAGUGGGAUCAUCAGCCGGGCCGACUGCUUCCAGUGCCCCAAUGUCGAGCCAAUCCUCCAGUGCUACACCGUCUUCAUCGGCGGGAUCAUCAGCCGGGCCAACUGCUUCCAGUGCCCCAAUGUCGAGCCAGUCUUCCAGUGCUACCCCAUCUGCAUCGGCGGGAUCAUCAGCUACCCCAUCUGCAUCGGCGGGAUCAUCAGCUGGGCCGACUGCUUCAAGUGCCCCAAUGUCGAGCCAGUCUUCCAGUGCUACCCCGUCUGCAUCGGCGGGAUCAUCAGCCGGGCCGACUGCUUCAAGUGCCCCAAUGUCGAGCCAGUCUUCCAGUGCUACCCCGUCUGCAUCGGCGGGAUCAUCAGCCGGGCCGACUGCUUCCAGUGCCCCAAUGUCGAGCCAGUCUUCCAGCGCUACCCCAUCUGCAUCGGUGGGAUCGUCAACUGCUUCCAGUGUUUCAUCAAGUCAUUCUCCUCUGACCACAUCAUCAGCGCCAGCAGGUACAUCAAUUGGCCCAACUCAAGUUCCUAUCGAGUCUUCAACUGGAUCUGAUAAUUCCAGUGCAAUCUCUCCCACACUGAAUACCGAGGUUUUAUCCACUUUGUCCUGCGACUCAGCCGAAAGAGAUGGUUGCUUGACCGGAAGCACGGAUGCUACAACCAGAAAGCCGAGUUCAGAGUUCGAACCAGGUCCACCGCAAUACAAGACUAAUCUCGUACGGUUGUUUAAUGAGAGAAUAGGGAAGUUUAUCAGGCCAUUACGCUGGAUGGUUUACCGGUAUGGCAAAAUAUAAACAAAUAUUCUUGAAACCUAUUUUCAGCAAAGGCAAUCAUUAGUCGGCAGAAAAAAGGUGUGUGCCUUGAAGAAUAUUAUCCUGAGUGAAUUCAUUUUUAUUCUUCUGUGACCUCUGUAGUACGUAGGCGACGUGAAUCGAUGGCACAAAACACAUUUAAACCAUUUUUCGUUAGUUAACCAUACAUUUUCAGUUUACGGGGCUGGGCAUUGAUUUCAUUGAUGCUCAUUGGUUACUUUUUGUUUGAUUCCUCUUGUAAAUUCUUGUCCAAUUUUAACAUCGUUUAAAAUUUAAUUUAGUUUUUAUUUGUUUAAUUAGAUUGUCUAGAUGGUUUGACACUAACUCAUAGCAUUUACAGUUUGUGUGCAUUUUUUGUUUUAAUUCAGAGUGACUUUGCGUUCUCAUGAUGACAAUUUUUACCAUUUUAUCUACAUGUAUAGACUCGACUGCGCAUGCGUAUAGGUAUAUAACCCCCAACAUUUUAAUUAGUCACUGGCACACGCUCUGUGUUCUUCGGCCAACCAACUGUUACAGUACCCUCACACUGCUACAAUGUAACCAAAGCAAUUAAUAUAAAAUACAAUAAUAGAUAAUGUACAAAACCUGAUGAGAUCGCCACAUCUUCAGGGUGUGGUUUUUUUUUUAGCCGUGUGAUUUUCUUGUCUGAUUUAAUUAAAAGGAAUAAAGCUAACAUCCUCAGCAAAACAUACCUAGGCAAAUAGUGGGGAAUUCAAUAACGGAAUUUCAGAAGCGAUUUUCAGGCUCUUGAAUUUGGUUUUGGAUUGCAUUAUAAUCAUGGUUGAACCUUUUCGUUCCAGGGACUUCUUAACCUUAAUAGUACAUAUAAUGUAAAAUGACGAAUUAGGAGCAACUGCCUUUCCUCCUUUAUUGCAGUCAAAAUUGAAGGCGACUUUUUCCCAUUCUGGUUACAUCGGGUUUACAUCUAAUUGCAGUCUUCUAAUUGGUCCAUUACAUGCAUAUCUAAUAUCGUUUUAUUAAAACCCGGUCCACAAAUCAGUGCUUGCAUUGGUGAUUUUGUAUUUCCAUACCUGUUGACUCAUUUACUAAUAAUCCAAAGCCAUCCACAUUGGACGUUAUGAAUAUUCAUGAUGGUUUAAAGGGCGCCCUCUGAUGUCCUGUCAGAACCGCACCGGGAAAACAAUCGCAAGAGAGUGGGUAGGAAAAUUAAACUAAUCUCAAACUGUUGGCUUUACUUUGAACACAAAAAAGAGUACAAAACACAUGACUUCCCUCCCACCAUAUGUGAUUUGAAUUCCUAAUUUUGUAGACUUUUGUUUAAUUAAAAAGCAAGAUAUUUUGAAAACAAAAUCAUGUUUACAUUUUCUUGUUUAUUUCCACUUUAAAGGAACAUUUUAAGGGAUUUUCACCAACAAUUUGAGUCAAUGUACAUUUGGUAAGUAUCACGAACCAAGGUUAAAAUGUCUACUGAAAACAGUCAUUGAGCCUUGAAUUCAAACAUGAAAGAGCCGUUGACAUAAUUUAUGCAGCUACAACUACAUGAUCAAUUGAGGCUGUGACUGGUUUUCUUGGCUAUGGCUGAAAUUAACACAUGGGUGAAUGGGAAGUGGCUGUAGCCGCUGUCAGCCGCUUCCAUAGACAUGUGCGUCAUUCCCAGCCGUGGCCAGGUAAUUCAGGACCCGCCUAACUUAUGAUUAGACUUUAUUCAUGAGUUGGCAAUCUUAAAAGGAAAGCGAGGUAAAGUCUUUAUUUUUGGAACUUGCGAGUAGAAAUGAAGACAAUGAAAUGAUCAAUACCAGUCUGCUCUGAUGAAUAAUUAAACAUACCCUCAUGUUUUAAACCACAUUCACAAAAAUAGAAAGUGAAGCUUGAAAUGCACUCCAAUCAUAAAACAGACUGGCACCAUCCCAUUCAACAGUCUACAAUUUAUAAAAUGGAUUCAGGGAACACGGUCAAAAAUGGCUUCCUCAUGAAGAAGGUCUCUUGGCAAUGUUUGUAUGUACAGCAUCAUGUACAUUAGAAAUUCUCGCUACAGUACUAGUAAACAAAUUGAGCCAACUGAAAAGUACUUAAACUUGAAGACAUUUUAACAUUCAUAUAUAACUUUAUAAUUAUUUUGAUCAUACGUAUACAGAUAUUCACUUUUUUCAGCAUAAUUAAGAAUUCUCAUGGCCAGCACAUGAACGAGAAUGGGAAAGAUCUAGAAUAUGUCAUGUAAGGUAUGAGAAUGACAAAUUAAACAGUGAAAGGUGUUUAUACACAGGCAGCAUUUUACAAUGGCGGUACCACCCAUGUGACAGGCUCUACACAAGUGGAAAUCCUGAACUUUUAAGACAAAAGAUUCCUCGACUGACCAAACACAAAAAUUCCAUUUGAACAGAAACUUCCAUAUUCCACAUUUCAAGGAGCGUCCAUGCACAUAAAAAAAUUGGAUAGAAAAUAUUGGUGCUUAUACCGAAAAUGAAGAACAAUCUACAAGACAUAAACAAAGAUAACUUGAAGCUUAAAAGUUUCAUCUUAUUAGUGAAUCAAGCUUGUUUUGGCUAUGUCAUGCCAAGUUUUGAAUAUUUAUGUUUUAUGCAAGGUCUAUUUCAAUGACUCUCAAGGUGAAAAAGACUAUCAAUACCUAAAGAAACGGUUGUGUUUUAUGGAAACAAAUAACUAAAGUAUGUUCAAAAAAAUUCUGAUAGGCUACUCACAAAAUAUACAUUCCAUACAGAAUUUCAUUGGACAUUUAAAAAAUAUAUUGUGAUUUAGUAAAAUCAUUUGUUUGGCAAUAAUGGGACUGCAUGACUAUUA